UUUGUACUUGGAAGAUGCAUUUAAAGUUGUUGAGAACAUUGAGGCUGCGAUUGUGGAUGCCAAGCGUCUGGAGACUGAUCCUCAGGAAAUACAAGGAUAUAAUGAUUGCUCUGUUUCUACUUUAUGUGGUCUACAGGAUAAUUACAUUCAAGGGAGAUCCAAGCAAGCGUACCGCCUCUCUGUCGGGUUGGGGCCGUGAAACGCCUAGGAGUAUUUCUGAUUACUUGGAUCCAGCCAAGGAUACGGCCCUUAUUGUCCCUCGGGACUUUUGCCAAGGCAAGGCCUUCCUGACCAUCGCUGUCAGCUCCUUUGUGCAUCACUUCGAGCGGCGACGCGCCAUUCGCAUGCUUUGGGGCAACUCCAGCGACUUCAACUACUCGUCGUUUGUCAAGCUCCAUGGCUACCCCAAUGGACGAUACCUAGAUGUGCUGCCUGAGCGCCUGAAACUCUAUGCUGAGUAUCUGAGUGGCGAGGGUGACUCGCUGAAGGCGUCCAUCCGGAUUGUUUUCAUUCUGGGCCGCAGGAACUGGGCCUCUUUGCUAGAAAAUGAGGCUGUUGCCAGGGAGGCGGAAAAGUACAAUGACGUCAUCCAGGAGAACUUCAUGGACACCUACAACAACCUGACCAUCAAGUCGGUGAUGGCCAUGAAGCACAUCAGCCAGAGUUGUGUGAACACGACAGCUUUUUACUUCAAGUGCGACGACGAUACCUUUGUGAAUAUCCCCAAUGUGCUGCACUUCCUGCUCGGAGGAACGAUUCCGCUGAAUGAGGUCACCGUGGGCUUCCAUUACCGCAACACUUACCAGGUCACUUCGCCGCGGAACCGAUUGACGGCCCGCAGAGGGGUGUUGUACGGACGGCAGUAUUGCAACGUGCCACCGAUCACCAAUAAGUUCAACAAGUGGUACAUGCCAUCGUACAUGUUCCGUGGCAGUGUGUAUCCGCCCUACUUAUGCGGAUCCGGCUACCUGGCGUCCAUUGAUGUGGUGCCUCGACUCUACAAGGCCGCGCUGGGCACCAGGAUGGUGCACCUGGAGGACUUGUUCGUCACCGGAUUGUGUGCGGACAAGGCUGGCAUCAAGCGAACGAACCACCCGCUGUUUAGGUCAAGUUACCCCUUUAAGGUGGAGGAGGAGUGUUCCCUUAAGGGAUGCUUCACCAUCCACCGCGCCAAGGAUUACAUAAUGUGGGACGCCUGGUACCAGGUCACCAACUACAGCAGCAAGUGCCCUCCGCCAGCAAUGGACUUCCAAUAUAACCUGCCCAAAAAGCAAAGGUGCUAAGCUAAUUAGGUGUUUUUGCAAUCCUAAUU